AUGGGACAGAGCUGGUCCCGAUGGCAGCAACGCCGCGGUGCCAAAACCCUCCAAGAACUCGCGCCACACAAGACCCCCGGCCACGAAGACCCCCUUCCAGAUCUCGAUCGCGAUAUCCUACUUACGGCAUUGAACAACGUGGCAAGCUACAUCAAGAAGAAAGGCGGCGACGUGACGGUUGUUGCUGUCGGUGGAGCAGUUAACACCAUCCACCUUCAGUCGCGCAGUGUCACACACGAUGUUGACUUCUACAACAACCACCUCACUGCCAAAGACUUCGAAACUCCUUUGAAUGGCGCGAGGGAGGCAGUCAAGAAGCACAAAUCUUUGGAGGAAGACUGGUUCAACAACCGGACCAUUCUUUUCAUGCCGCGUGAUCAGUGUGCCGCGCUCACGGACGAGGCCUUGCUCAGCGCGAGAUCAUAUUCCAGAAGCCUGGGCUGA